AUAUUGAAAUGAAAGCCGUUCCUCCUCUUCCAGUGAAUGCCGCUGCCAAUUCUGACUCUGGUGUGAAGAUGAACGCCUCCUUUUCUCGUGACUUCUGCUGUUUGAAGGACGCUUUUAUGAUGAGAAGUGAAAUGCCUCAGGUUCUGCUUCCUUCCUCGUCUGCUGCAUUUGCUGAUAUCUCUUCAGCUGGCCUGGCAUUGGCUUCGUCGGCCUACGCUUUCCAGAGUGUUCAAGCUAGCCUUGUUGCUGCAGAAAGAUUGGUUUUACUGGAAAAGGCUGUGGAUGAAUUAAAAGGGAAGGAGAAAAGUUCUCAAGCUCGUGCUGACGUUGAUGCUCGAAUGAUCCAAAGUCUUCGUGGUGACAACUCGACCUUAGUGAAUCAAAUUUCGACCUUGAAAACCCGCAUCAAGCUAUUGGAGGCGUAUGGGAGGAAAAAGAAGCAAGAAGUCACUGACGCAGCCUGUUUUUAUGCUUGGAAGACUAGGGGUGAACUGAUGGCUUCAUUCCUCGCAGGUGAGAUGUCAAACUGGACAGCAGAACAGGAUGUUGCUACCUGGUUAAAGCUUCAGGAAGAGAUGGAUCCCCCGAUUGGAGAGGACGGUUUUGACGUGGGUCAGUCUGAUGACGAAGCUGAGUCCAGACGUUCCCGGGAUAACUAAAUAUGUUCUUUCCUCUCUACUUACUUGACUUUAAACACUUUCUGCUUUCAAAACUUACUCUGUUAUUACUACCCUUGCAUUAUGGUUU